GUAAUAUAUCAAUAUAUUGACAUAUAACAUUACAUUACAUAAUCGAUCAUAAGUUUGAAAGUAAGGAACUCUUAAGAUGCUUUUUGAUCUUACAAAAUAUUAUGAAUCUGAGUCGCAUAAAUGAACGUUUAUCUAUGGCUCGCGCUGAUUUGUAAUAUCAUUACGUUCCAAAACUCAUCGAAAAGAAACGAUUUUAUCAUACGCAUUAUUUUUACAAUUUUUGUUUCGUCAUACGUGAUCUUUCUGGAUGUAACGUUUCGUGACUCGGUCUUUUGCAUGUAAGGAAGAAAUAAUUGCUCGUGAAAAUUAAGAAUUGUAAUUAUUAUGUGAAUUAUCACCGCUCGUAAACGGUAGUGAUUUUCUUUUCAAUACUCGGCCGAAGUUGGUAAGAGUUUCCCGCGCGUGUUGUUUUCGACGCGUUUACCACCUGGCGGAAUUACGCGUUGUACCAAGUAGUAUCGAGAAGGGGCUUGAGACUGUUUGCUAGUUUAGUAAUUUGUAUUGUCAAUUUAGGUCGUUUUAUAAAAUCCUGAGGUACUUUAUAGACGUGCAUCAUGUUCAGUCUGAGCGAAAUUGGCGAGCAAUUGAAAGACGUAAGUCGAAAAUCGGUCGGGGUCUCGUUUGCCGGUCAGUCGCUCGUGUUGGAUACCGCGAGUGAUGCUCUUCAAGUAGUAAACGCAAUUAAAGCAUGUCCGUGCUUGGAAUACUUGGAUUUGGAAGGAAAUACAUUGGGUACAUCAGCUGCUGAGGCUAUAGCGGAGGCAUUAAAAGAGAAAGGGACUCCUUUGAAAAAAGCUCUUUGGAAGGAUAUGUUCACUGGACGUUUGAAAACAGAGAUCCCAAAAGCUUUGGAAUAUUUAGGAAUGGCAUUAUGCACUGCCAAUAGUCAACUCACUGAACUUGAUUUGAGCGAUAAUGCUUUUGGUCCAAUUGGUAUUCAAGGAUUAGCUAGUUUAUUGGCAUCAAGCCCAUGUUAUACUCUAGAACAAUUAAGAUUGAACAAUAAUGGUCUUGGUAUAUCAGGUGGAAAAAUGUUAGCCAAAGCAUUAGAGAAAUGUCAUGAGAACAGUUCUAAAGAAGGCACACCUCUUGCUCUGAAAGUUUUUAUUGUUGGUAGAAAUCGGUUGGAAAAUGAGGGUGCACAAGCAUUAGCAGCUGUAUUUGAAAAACUGAAAACAUUGGAGGAAGUUGUAAUGCAACAAAAUGGUAUAUAUCACGUAGGCAUUGCGGCAAUUGCACAGGGUUUAUCUGCCAAUCCUAAUUUGCGAGUGUUAAAUCUGAAUGAUAAUACAAUUGGAUUGAAGGGAGCCAGAGCACUUGCUAAAGUUUUACCAAUUUUCCGAGGUCUGGAAGAUUUAAAUCUCGGAGAUUGUUUACUAAAGACAAAAGGGGCUUUAGCUUUAGCAGAAGUGUUAGAAAUUCAUGGUAAUCAUACGUCCCUUAUAAGUCUGGAUUUAAGCAAUAAUGAACUGCGCGCGGAUGCUGGAUGUGCUAUUGCUAGUGCCACACAUGAUAAAACUCUUCUGACAAAUCUACAGCUGGAUGGUAAUUGUUUCGGAACGGAAGGACGCGAGAAUGUCCGAGAAAUUCUUACAAAAUUAGGAAGAAUUGAUGCUCUGACUUCGUUGGAUGAGGAUUAUACCGAGGAUGAGGAGGAGGAAGAGAAUGAUGAUAACGAGGAUGAACAGGGUACAAGUGAAGAAGAAAGUGAUGAUGAAGACGAGACAAGUGACAAAGAUAACAAGGAACAAGAGAACGUUGCGCAAAACGCAGUAACAGUAGCAGAAUUUAUAAAAUCACCGAUAGGUGAAAAACUAUUGUUACUGCAAGGCGAUAAUGUUCAAGCUUUUAUUGAUCACGCAGCCAAUUUAGCAAAUCAGAAUAACACAAAUACAGGACAGAAAUAUAUAGAAGAACUUUUACGGAUAACUAUGAAAGUAUCGGCAUUGUGUGGUAGUGGCUACAUAAAUGUGAGAAUAAAGGCAGAAUCCUUGUCAGAUGCUUUAUAUGCAAAACUAUUUUCUUAUGCUAUAGAAAAUGAUCAAAUUUCAAAUUUGAAUAAUAUGUUACUCGUUAAUCUUGGUUUAAUAAAAGGUGAGGAUAAAGCCAGUGGAAAAAUUGAUUGGAAUUUGGAAGGAUGUUUUAAGGCUCUAGAAAAAAUUACGCAGAAAGAUUAUUUCUUAGUGCAAACAAGGAGUAUGUUAAAAUUAUUCUUAGAAAAACCAAUGAAGAUUAGUCGUGCAAAUGUAGUCGAUCCAUUUCACGAUUCCAAAAUUGCUCUUAAAGCUGUUCUAAAUAGUAUUCAAGUUACGUAAAUUUGCCUGAAAUUAUUAUCGUUGAUAUGACAUAGUUAUUUAUUUUUAUACAUCAUAUGGAAAAAUAUAGUA